AUGUCGCUGAAUGUCGCUGGCGCCCUGCCAGUAUCUUCUCGGCACUCUGUGGACUCGGUCGCGUCGUAUUCUAGCCAGAAUCACGUGGACCGUAUAAGGAGCCAAAAUUUCUCAGCGGUUUCUUGUCACGACGAGGACUUCGGGUCGAUCAAGACAAGCCUUUUCAGGCGCUCCACGUCCAACUUGGACUGCUCGAUCAAGCGACCAGAGAGCGUCACGUCAAACGCAAGCUCAACAAGAAGCCGCCUUCGAGAACUUGUCGAGAGAAAAUCGAGUUGCGACCAGGACAAAACCGCGGCAAACACAGUCGCCGAUAUCCAGUACUUUGAGAAUCCAACGGAGACGUUAGAGUUCGACAACCCAAGGAACUCGCUCGACUCGAGGAAGAGCCAAGAAGAACGUCCCAAGAAGCGGAAGAUUUCGAAGGGCAAAGAAAAAAAUAAAGAUACUUGCGAGAACAAAAACAAAAAGCACGAAAAAUACCAGAGCAAAUUAGCGGAAUACUACAAACUUCCGGUACAAUUACCGCAAGACGAAUUUUAUCAACAUCUGACGAGAUCAAGAGCUGCAGAGGAGCUUCUACAAAAACGUUUUGCGAAUUCAGACACUGAAUUCAGUGGGAACUACGGCAGAUUGUGCAAGCAUAAAGAAAUUGAAGGCUCUAAUCUUAGACGAAGUAGAAGUUUGGCUGUAAUAAGAGAAGAAACUUUUACAGAUCUUCAAAUACAAAAUCACGCCAAGAACAAAAGGUCACAGUUGAUUCCCAGGGCGCGCUUGUUUGAUAAACCUUGCUUUAAAGACAGGUUACCAGGUCGAGCGAAAUAUCAAACAAAGGAGGAAGUAUUGGAAGGUAUUUACAUAGAUAGCACCGCAUCUUGUUUUGGCGAUAUAAACAGAUCUAAAGUGGAUGACAUUGAAGACGACAUAGACGAUAUCGGAUUAGAAAAAGAAGACACUGCAUCUCAAAACGAAAAACGA